ACUGUGUGAACAAUGUGUUCCGAAGCUGUAUGUGAGGCAGGACAUUUUGUUUGUCCGUUUUUUUAAGCGGUACUUGGAGGCAACAUCGUUUACCUGUUGUUCAGGUUCAGCUGUUUCGAGUGAGAAUGAUUCAGAGACGCGUAACCGGGAGAAGUGCUAGGACACAUGUACUGUCAGUGCUAACAAAAUAAGACUUUCUCCUUCUUUUGGCGUAAAGUGGAGUCACCUGAUUCAUAAAGGAAAUGUCCGGAAGGAGGAGACUCUAAAGUGAAAGUUAUGGACAUUGACAAUAAUACGUCGAACGGCUGCUACAGCAACCAAAACGUCACCUUCUUUUACCAACAGGUGAAUAAAACGAUCAGAGGGAACUGGACUACACGGGACCACCUGGUCAUAGGACUAGGCUUGCCCUUAUCCUUAAUAGUGGUGUUGGCCAACCUGUUAGUGAUGGCAGCCAUCCACAUGAACCGCCGCUUUCACUUCCCCAUUUACUACCUGCUGGGAAACAUGGCAGCAGCAGACUUGUUUGCAGGUUUAGCCUAUACCAACCUGAUAUUCAACACGGGACCCUGGACAGCGAAGCUCUCUAAGAAGCAGUGGUACAUCCGUGGGGCUUUGAUUGACAUCAGCCUGACUGCCUCCGUCGCCAACCUCCUGGCUGUGGCUGUGGAACGCCACCAGACCAUCAUCACUAUGCAGCUGCACAGCACCAUGACCAAGAGGCGCGUGGUGCUGCUCAUCAUCUCCAUCUGGGCCGUAGGGAUCAUCAUGGGUCUGGUGCCAUCGCUGUUUUGGAACUGUGAAUGUGAUCUCGCAGACUGCUCCACUGUUGCUCCCCUCUACAGCCGCCGCUUCUUGAUUUUCUGGGCACUUCUCAACCUGCUCACCUUUUUCAUUAUGCUGGGCAUGUACUCUCACAUAUUCUUUCACGUGAAACGCCAGAGUCGCCACACUUCUCAGCACGCCUCCGAGGCACGACAGCAGACAGUCAUCAACUUGAUGAAAACCAUUUCUAUGGUUCUGGGUGCCUUUGUGAUCUGCUGGACACCUGGCCUCAUCGUUCUCCUCCUGGACGGGCUGCAGGGUAAAGAGAGCAACGCCAACAAAUAUGAGAAAUACUGUUUGGCGAUAGCGGAGUGCAACUCUCUGGUCAAUCCGAUCAUUUAUUCCUUACGUGACGCCGAGAUGCGGAAAACGUUCAAGUGGAUCCUUUGCUGUUUUUGUCGACGUGAGGGCUGUCAGCCGAGGGAGACUCUGUCAACAGAAAUUGACUCUCCAUUGAAGGAGAAAAUUCUAAGCUACAAGUUAGAAGAUCCGGUCUUGUGGAAGAAUCCGGACAGAGACAGUAAAGAUGACAAGUGGACAGACUCUGUGGUAUGACAGAAAAUCAGACAUAUUGUAACCUUAGUGUAUAUAUUUGUAAAUCUUGUGUUGACAUUUAAAUUUUUGAAUGAAUUAAAAGGAAGAAAAAAUUACAGUUAGCAUUCGAGAAAAGUUUUUUUGUCUUUGGUCUUUGUGCAGCUAACAAAUUCACCUAAAAAUCAACAGAUGGUGCAAUCUCUCCUUUUAUUACAUUUGACUAUCACAAGAGCAUUUGUGACAACUUAUAAAAUGAAACACUCCUAAAAUGAGAUACUGAAAAAAAAAUAAUCACACUAAAUUGUUUUUUUUUAUUAAUUUUCUAAUAAGAACACUACAAUUUUGUCAUAUUCUUCCGUUUUGUUUUACUCUUUCUAGAUCAAUUCUAAAGUUGAGGUAUAAAAGGAGUUCAUACAGACUCACAAGUCUGAAAACAGUGGGGUUAUAUACAAGAGAAAUGGAAAGACAGAGGUAGAGAGAGGGGUAAAUACAAGGGAAAGAGGGAGAUACAAAUAUACUAAUAAAAACAAACAAAUGAAGGUUUACAAAGACAUUUGGUGCUGUGGAACUAAACCAGUCGAAUGAUCAAAAUACUUGUUAGUUUACAAUAAGAUUAUUUUUAUUGAUGAGUUACAACGGCGCUGCAAAAUGCAUGAGCUCACAAAGUGUAUAUAUUGACAUCAAGUAUUUAGGCAUUGAUGUUUCUGCUGUAAUAAAUUGAGGUGAAUGGCAAUAGUGGCAAAUCACCGAGGCAACAAACGAGGGGAAACUUGUAGUUUAAGCAUUCAAGAAGUAAAACCCAAUGUGGAAAUUAAAAAGGGGAUGAAAUAGUUAUAGGAAAAUAAAAAAUAGUUCCACAGCACCACAUUACAUUUGUUCAUCCUACACUGCAACUUGGUUAUGUAACAAAAGAUCUAAAUAAUAUUCAAAGCCAAUACAGAGUUAGCGUGAAUCCUGUGAAACAGUAGAUAUCUCAACCAAACAAAGUUUUAUAAAAGAAAAAGAAAAUGUACUGAAACAUUACACAAACUGUACAGUGACAUCCAUUACAACAAGUAGAAAAAAAGGGGCGGCAUGAUAAUUUGGUGUGACGACGCCAUUACUCAGGACGCAGCAAUAACAAGCUGCUGCGAGAGACAAAACAGGAAAUGAAAUGUGAGAGAUAACGUGUGACUGGCUUUCAAGCUCAGCUUCUGUUUUGUAACAUGGUUCAAACAAACUCUUUAAUGACAAGUCUUAAUAAGGCUUUGCCUUACUAUCAAAACGCCUUGUUAUUCACGUAAUCUUUAAUGUAUAAAACAGCUUUAACGAAUGGAAAUUGCCAAAAUGUGUCAGGUUUGUCCUACACACAAAUUAAGAGUUUUACUACACCCAGUGCUGCCUCUUUUUUGGUAACAGAGGAGAGAGAGAAGCCCUUGCCCAAUUGGCCAUGGAACAUAAAAAGAUGGGUUAUUUUUACCAGACGGUAUUAAAGGAUAAAGAAAGGGCAGAGCAUUUCUUUUAUGCUCAAAAUCAAAUCACAGGUGUGAUGAGUGUUAACUCCACCCAUCACUUAUGAAGCCCCAUUUAAAACAAAACAAAAAUAAACCAACUUGAGGCAUGACAACACCACAAAGAGACACAGGUACAAACAGAAUUCCCUCCUCAAAUGUAAAAGGCGACUGCGCACCAAUGUUUUAAAAAAAGUAGCAUUAUUACAUUGCUGAACUUUGUAUAUUUGGUUUUGGUACAACAUCAGGUUGUUAACAUGUUGCCUCAGGCUCACAAGCUUAAGUUUCAAGAUGGGGAAAAAAAAUCUAAGUUGAACCCCACCUUGCGUGUCGUUAGCUGGUGGAAGCGCCCAGUCUACAUAAUGCUUACAAAGUUCGAAGGAGCACCAGCCAGUUUGACUAAGAUAUCCCAGGAACCUUUUACACGUCCACACAGACACAUCAACAUGUGAUGCACUUUUUUUUUUGGUUUUGGUCUGACUGUAAUAGUUUUACCUUUUUAUUUAUUCAUUUUUUUUCUCUCGUUAAUACAAAUUAAGCUAAAAACGUAAAUGAAAAACAGUAUAACACCUAGAAGUCCUACAUGCAUGGAAGACAGUCACAUUUCUAAGUUCAUGUCACAUUUGUUCCAGUAAUACAUCGAUGCCUCGCGAUCUUUCCACCCUUCGUUUGUCAUAAAGAUGUCGUAUUGAGCUAAUUUUUGGUGGUGGCUGGUGCAUUCUUGGUGAAACAGCAUUAGAUAAUAGUCUACAAUCAAAUAAACUAGUGGACAGAAAGAAAGAAGUAAAGUCUACAAGCCAUCUACCAACACCCUCUAUGGGUUAGCAGUGGAAAGAGCUAUUGGUUACAUAUGCUCAACCAAAGAUGUUCUCCUAUUCUCUUCACACCAGCCCUACCAUCUCCUGUCCUGCCUGGUUCGGAGCAGGGAUCCCCUCACCUUCCUAGAAAGGUAGAAACCCAUAGCAAGGAUGCUAACAUCUGUGCUUGACACAUCGCUUAUGUCAGCUCAUAAUGAGAACAGCUGACAAGUUGUGAGCUGUAUGUUUUGGGGACAGUUGCGUGCACCUCUGUGCAAACAUCAGUUGCUCACCUUAAAAUCCUAACAGAAGGAUACAUUGAUGCAACAGUGUCUUGUGUUGAGUAGGCAGAGGGUAAUCUCAGAGGAACACUGGGGCAGCACUUUGGUACAAGCAAGGUGAGCAGAGCUCCCUGGUGGUCCGUAACCACAGUUUGGCUGUCAGAUGCCAAGGCUUCAGCAGAUACGGGCAAUUACACACAGUUUCCCAAAGCAAAGAGUUGAGUGUAAAGGUCAAACAGCACAUGAACAAGCCGUGGGAGUACUGUGUAAAGUUAACGUGCAUAUACACAUAAUGUACAGACAUCAUGAUCAUCUACACAGCUGGAUGUGUUUUUUUUGUUUUG